GCUUUAAGAAACUCAUAUAAACACGUGAGAGAAGAUGACAAGAUCUAGAUCAAGAUCACCACGAUGGAAACCAAGGUCCUUAUCUCCGACAUUUAGGAGUCCAGAGCACCAUAGGCAAAGGCAUGCUCAUAUUAAUUAUGACUGUGAAUAUAAAAGCUUUCGUAAGGACCCAAAGAAACCUAUGCCUUGGAGAACAGAAGAUGAAAAAUACGGACAAAGCAAUUCCAGGUUUGCACCUCAUGGAAAUAACCACCAGAGAAUAUAUGAACGUAGAUCACCUUCACCAAACCUGAAAAGAAUUCCCAUGGAAGAUACUUACAGUCAUAAGCCCUAUAGAACACAUUCGUCUGAAAGAACUGAAAGCAAUAGGAGAUGCCAGUUACCACCAAAAUACUCGGAAAUACCAUAUAAAGAGCAUGAUCGUCCGUUUUACCAACACAAAAUGGAAGAAAGAUACAUGUUUGAGCACUACAAAGUCACUGGAAAUGAAAAAGGAAUGAAACCUUUUCAUAGACCGUUAGGGGCUUCAUGUAAACUUGAAAGAAAAUGGCAUGAAGAUGACUUGAGGCACCAGAGGUUACAUGAAGAGAAGUACGGUCAGUCACCCAGAAGAAUUUCUGAUGAAUUUACGGCAAGGAGCUCUUUACAGAAGAGGUAUCCUGAAGAUCACGAUUACAGAGAAUAUGGGCACACGUCUAAAAGGGCUAAAGAAAUGGAGAGGUAUGACGGUGGAGAAGUAGCAAGAAAUUCCAAGUGGAAGCAAGAACGUUCUUUUCCACCCUACCAAGAAAAGGAGGAGCAAAGAAAUCUGGGUGCCCAGUCCCACCGAUCGGCUGAAAGGGAGUACUCGGAGGGUUUUGUCACAAAGAUAGCCUAUGAGUACAGUCACAAACGACGCAGGCAUCCAGAUGGGGAAAAGGCUUUUUCAGAUGAUAGAGCUCAGAAGUAUGUGAAGCAGGAAGACCAGAAAUACGGUUCUUCUAAGGGUGCCCGGAACAGCAAAGAGUUAGAUUACUUUAGCGGUGGAAGAGCGAGAUGGACUGAAGAAGGGCAUGUCGAAGUACCUGUUAAAUAUAGUUCAAAGAAGGGCUGCGAUGCUUGUAUUAACUCUUCCAAAAUGGAUGUUGAUCUGAGAUCUUUUAAAAACAAACCGAAGGAAAGAGUAAGGAAAGAAGGGGAAUUCAGGAAAAAAGUAGAUUCCUCCGAUAGCCAGCAUGAUUCAAGUCAUACUGUUUCAGAUGUGAAAAUGUCAGAUGUCAACUGUAGGAGGGAACGUCUCACAAUCAAAGUGGAUAUGAAGAAAAUGGUGACGAAGUACAGGACUGCUUCUAGUCAUACUACAGAGAGACAGAUGUCACAUGAUCUGGUUGCUGUUGGCAGAAAAAACGAAAAUUUUCACCCGGUGUUUGAGCACAUGGAAUCUGUAACACAAAAUGUUGAAAACGACCCAUCAAGAGAAUUUACUCAGGAAAUAAUCACAAUUAUCCAUCAAGUUAAAGCAAAUUAUUUUACAUCUUCUGACAUAACUCUACAUGAACGGUUCUCAAAAAUUCAGGAUAAACCAGUUGCAAAUAUGAAUGAAGUUAAAAUACGUUUGGAUCCAGAAAUUCACAGGAGGAUAGACAUGUCUCUAGCAGAACUUCAGAACAAACGAACCGUGCCAUCUGAAUCUCCCCAGAACAUUAUAAGAGUGUUAGAAGAUCCAAAUGAUCUACGGCAUGAUAUAGAAAGGAGAAGAAAAGAGAGACUGAAGAAUGAAGAUGAGAGAGUGUUUCAUGUAGAUGGUGUAACUCCAAGGUAA